GCAAAUUUCAGGUUCUUUACGACGUUCAUGUUCCCUGCCUUCAUUGAAGUCUGCAUUUGAGUCCACACAAGCAGCUCAACGUCAUCGCAAACUCUACCAUACACCAGUCUCAGGCACGAUCUGCCUAAUCGCACGCAACUAGCGUCAACUGGAGCCGUACCGCGAUCUUCAUACUUUUGCGCCCUAGCUUUUGCCUAUCCCAAAUAUAAUAAUAUACCCACAGCACCGCUCUCGCUCAAGUGGAGCCUAGUAAUGCAAGUCCGGUCCUUGGACUCAAAGGUCAACCUAAUGGCAGAGGACGGCUUCGGGAUCGUCUACCUCAUCGAGAAUGCCCAGCAGUUUUGGUCCGAGCUCGAGGAUAUUCUGCGCGUACCCAGCGACAAUACGGCGACACUGUCGAUGCUGGAUGCUGCCCUUCAUAGAUUUGUUGCUCUGUGCGCUUCCUAUCAUGAACAGUUCCUGCAAAGUCCACUACAGUUCGAGCAUGCGUGCAACCUCCUUCUCGACUCGGAGCUCUUUACGUUUCAUUCGGAGCGGAUGUGCGAGUUAAUUACUGAGGAUAUCAAAUCGAACACAAAUCCCCAUUCUCAACUUGUCCUCUACUUCAUUCUACUUCUCUAUGGCCGACGUCAAAACAAUUUUCUUCGCUCUCAGAAGCGAUGGCAGCCUCUUAUCCCACUUCUUAUGGACCAUGUUCUUGUCGCAAUAGACCCGGAUGUCGAAGAUGUCUAUGUUGGAAACCAGUCGAUGUCCUCGAUGUCCAGUCGAAUGAGCAUUAGCAUCGGCCCAAUAGCCAUCGAAGCAAAGUUGAGGAGCUUAGGCGUCAAACUUCUUUAUGAGGUCUGCAGAGUCCAGAAGCUGUCCAUACAAGACCUUCGCGUUUUCGACGACUCGUUCAUCAAUUUCCUAUUCGAUCUUGUGGAGGAGACACGGUUCAUGCCAGAUGAAACAUUUAAUUACUCUGUUAUUAAGCUUAUUGUCGCACUCAACGAACAGUUUAUGGUCGCCGGCCUUGAGCCCGCUACGAAACAGAACGCCUCAUCAUCUCAGAACCGCGUCAUGAACAUCCUUAUGUCUCGCCUAGGAGAAAGCAAGACCUUUGCUGAAAACUUAAUAUUUAUGCUGAACCGAGCUACCCGGUCCGCCGAAGAUUUGUGCAUGCAACUGCUCGUCCUGAAGCUCCUGUACAACCUCUUCACAACUAAGGGAACUUCGGAGUAUUUUUAUACUAACGACCUUUGCGUGCUUGUCGACGUCUUCCUGCGUGAGCUGGUGGACCUGGAUGAGGAGAACGAAUCGCUGCGGCACACGUAUCUCCGGGUGCUAAACCCGCUGCUGACGAAGACACAGCUACGAGAAUAUCCAUAUAAGCGUCCGCAGGUUGUCAUGGCCCUUGAAUCAUUGCUUUCAAAUGCAAACAUUCGAGAUAUUAACCCUACAACAAAGCGGCUCGUCGAGCGAUGUCUGACUGGGGAAUGGUGUGUACAGCUACGAAAGACGACCAAAGACCGCGAGUUCGCAGGCGUUCAUAAUAACGGCGGGAUCAACGGGGAAUUUAGGCAACCCAGCCCGAGCGCGGACGUGAUCGCCGCGACAUCGCAGGAUUCUGUGUCAUCGCCCGGUGCCGUCGCUUCGGAGUGGGGGGCAGCUUCACUGCCAUCGUUCAAGUCGCGACAAAAGGCUAAAUCAAAGCGCAGUCUUGAAAAUCUCAAGCGCGGUGUACCCUCGUCCGCCGCACCUUUGGUCGUGCGCACCGCAGCACCGCAGGAGAACCAGCGGCGACCGAGUGCUGAUAGCGUCGGCGGCGUCGCCACUGCCACGGCCGCCCUCUCCGGCAUGAACCUGGCCUCUGGUUCGUCAGCGAGGCGGAAAGACAAAGGAAACUCGGCGGACGAUCGGGUGCUGCGCUCGGAUAGCUCGUGGCUCGAUGCGCCACUACCGCCGUCACCAUCGGCUUUGAGCCUUCCGCCUAGCUCUCCGACGGCAUCGAGGACGCAUAGGCGACCAGCGCCUGCACCUCCCAAAAGACGGAAGCCACCGCCGGUGCCUGUGGGCAAGACGCACGGCGGGGCUACGAUUACGGCGAUCGCAAGUUCGGCGUCUACCCUCAAAAAAUAAAAUAAACGUUUUAUGGCAAAGAGUAAAUUUUCUACGCUCACGCUGAACAUGGUCGACGUACUAGACUUCCACUUCUAGGUACUCGAAUUUUUCUCUGCACUCGGGCGCUGUGCGCUAUCACUUCGCUAUGUUCUUCCUUCUCAUUAUCUAUAUACUUCUACAUAUACUACUUUCAACACCUUCGGAGGUUUGGUGGAUGCAGCACGCAUGAAGUUUUUUGUUUCUUCCGGUUCCACUUUGAUUUUGCCUUGUUUUCGUUCCAUAUCGACUAGGUAAAUAUCACGGAAAGUAUUCCCCACCAUCAAGGUCAUUGCAACUGUCUUUGUUUUCGCAUGCACAUAAUUAUUACGAGGACCUUCGCUAGUGUAUCAUAGCCUCAUCGUCUAUUUGCAUUCACGGACAUUCUCCUCAAGUCCGCAUCGCACCACA